AUGGAUCAGGCUUUGCCUACUUCAGCAGCACAGAUGUAUGCUUAUAACCACUAUCCUUUCCAGAGGCAACAACCUCCAUCUGGAUUUCAGCAAAUGACAAGACCUUCGCCGCCUCAACCCACGUGGGCCGUACCACAGACCCACAACUCAUAUUAUGCUGGGCCUCGAGGCCCAAUGCUAUCGACCCGAGAUGAGCAUGCGCAUUUUCUAUCCAGGUCAGACAUCAACACGUCUGAAGCACCAGCAUUCAGUACCGCGGCCUUGAACAAUGGUAUGACCUCCAACCCGACGACAACAACGUCUGGAGAGUACUUUCCAAAUGUCAUUGAUACUAGUCCCUGGGGCGCGAAGGUGUGCGAUGAACUCGAGUCGUUCCCUCCAUUCGAUGCAGAUGCUGCAGACUUUAGCCACGGGCUGAUGGGUCAGGACGAAAACACACCUAUCAUCGAUCUACGUCAAUUUCAAGGCAUGGGCCAGCACGACGCUGAUAACUCGGCACAUUUCAAUCCUCGGGGGCCUCGCCGCAUGUCCGAGUCGUCUUUCUCGAUGUCCAGCACAGGCGGGGGAAUAUUUCCAGAUGUGUCUUCCUAUGAAGAGAUGGGUUCUUCUGAGGCAGUCUCAUACGUGUCUGAGUGCGAUACAUGGAAUCCAGUCGAACCUGCCGGUGGUCAUCUGUUGUCACCGCUUGCUUCACCAAGGAAGUCGCCGUAUGAAUCUGUUUCGCGUACUGGAGGCCGCGCUCGCAUGUCUCCCGCGCCGCACAACAACGUCAGAUCAUCGCCCUACACACUCGAAAGCACCCGGUCUAAACGUUGGUCAACCGGACAGACACCCACGUCGAUGCCAAACAACCCAUCCGCAGUCCCUCAGAUUCCGGACCACUUUAGUCCAUAUGGGCCGCGCCGCAAUCCGCAUCACUCGAUGCCAGCUUAUUCAUCUAGCGCAAUGGCUAAUUACGGUAUGCCCGCGCAAAAUGUGUUGUUUUCACAGGGCCAUCAGCUGCACUCCAACGGUCCGCCUCUGUUUGCAACCCGAGAUCAACCCUACCACCUCGAGGUCCCUCGACCGCUUCCUUCUCAAGGACUCUUCCGUCUGCUUCAGAGUAAUGUCGACAGGCAUGGUGGCUGUUCGUCGCAUUUCGCAGAUCUUUCGGACCCGCCGGAUCUGUACUCCUCUCUGCAUGAAGAGCCGUCCAACCCACCUGAAUCAGACAUGAACCCAUCAGACCCAGAUCUCGUGCCUCACGAGCAGGACCUUCGUUUCAACGGCGAUCUGUACACACCGCGAUGGGUGCGCGGGCAUGGCAACAAGCGAGAGGGGUGGUGUGGCCUCUGUAAGCCUGGACGUUGGCUUGUUCUGAAGAACAGCGCGUUCUGGUACGAUAAGUCCUUCACACAUGGUGUCAGCGCGGCAACUGGAGCAGCAUUCCAAGGACCCCAAGAUACCCGCCGCACUGAGGGAAAUCUCGAUGUGUGGGAAGGCCUCUGCGGGAGCUGCGGCGAGUGGAUAGCGUUGGUCAGCAGUAAAAAGAAAGGGACAACAUGGUUCAGGCAUGCUUACAAGUGUCACACCCACCCAAAAGUUAAAGACGGGCCCAAGCGGCGUCGUGAAACACAUGCAGGGCGUGCUCGCACUGUCUCUUCGGCAUCUUCGUCGUCGCAUCUGGUCAAGCAAGAGUUGGCGCCUGUCAACGCAACUUCUCACCGUUACUCGACGCCUACGCCGGUACCGGGCAGCUCCGCGCUUCGCACUUUCGGCAUGCCGGUCUCGACUCCGACAUCAACACCCUCGCUGAGCACAACCUCAUAUGGCAGCGGUACAUCGUACCAAACCCCAUCGGCAGGAACGCCCUCUUUAUACCCGCCGCAGACGCCCACUACAGCCUCACCAUUACAUGCUCUACACACGCCAACAGCGGCAGACUUCCCUGAGCUCCGCUACGAUUCGGCAAAUACAAAGGAGCAAAGUGUUAUGGGGUUGUUUCCCAAUCCUCUGCAACACUUCUCCAACUUCUCUACAUCGUAUCUAGCACCACCGCCGAUAAGCCUUGCACAUCAAGUCAGUGAACCUGAGCUUGUGGGCAUCAGAGCAACAGCAGCAAGCUUGGACUCGAUAGCAAGCAUGAUCUGA